GCCGCUGUGCCCCAGGGAAGCGGGGGCAGCGCUCCUGCAGGUCUCGGGGCGCUUUGUUUGCUUUUGUUUCAUACUCGAUUUUUUUUUUUCUUUUUUUUCCCUGACAUGUCGCUGGCACCCCCGGCGAAGUGCCGGGGGGCGGGAGGAGGUUGUGCGUGUGCCAGUUUAAUUAGAAGCGAGCGAGUGAAACCCCAGCGCCAUGGGGAUUUUAAGUUUUUGGCCGACUUCCAUAAAGUCGGAGGAGGCGAGCGCGGGGCUGGGCCGGGGCUCUUACCGCCUGUUUGCUCCGGGGCAGCGGGAGACGCGGCGGGCGGUUCGGUUGCCUCCUCUCAGGUGUUGCCUGUUGUCUCAGAUCUUCCUUCGAUGACACUGUUGGAGUCCAUUUGCUGAAUCCACUAAUCAGAGACAGUGAAUUUUUUAAUGCCAAAAUCAACUUAUCAGUGGUACUUUGAGGGACCAUAGAGAGGAGCAAAUGUUCAUGAGGGAUGAAAACACCACUGUGCUGUUCUCCUUGUGUGUUCCCUCCAAUGUUCUGUUCAUCAGUCACCCAGCUCGGAGGCAUUGCUGCUCUGAAGACUAAAGCAGAGUUUUGCUGUGGUUUCUUUGUGAUCCUGAUCCUGGGCAACUUCUGGUUCCUCGCUGUUCUGUACCUGCUGUGGCUCUACCUCGACUGGGAAACGCCAUGCACAGGGGGCAGACGGUCCCAGUGGGUCAGAAGCUGGACUGUUUGGAAGUACUUUAGGGAAUACUUUCCCAUUCACCUUAUAAAAACUUCAGAUCUGAGUCCAAAUCACAACUACUUACUUGGCUUUCACCCUCAUGGGGUCCUGGUAGCUGGAGCCUUUGGAAACUUUUGCACCGGUCCAAGUUUCAAAAAUUUAUUUCCUGGGCUUACUCCAUACCUUCAUAUCAUGCCCAUCUGGUUUGGCUGUCCCUUCUUCAGAGAAUACAUAAUGAGUGCUGGAAUGGUUUCUGCAUCCAAGGAGAGUGUCUCGUAUGUGCUGAAUAAGGAAGGAGGCGGCCAUGCGUCCAUCAUUGUGAUCGGAGGAGCAGAGGAAUCUCUGAAUGCACAUCCUGGAAGUUUAACUUUGAACAUCCUCAAGAGGAAGGGCUUUAUUAAAAUGGCCUUGAAACAUGGGGCUCAUCUGGUUCCAGUGUUUUCCUUUGGUGAAAAUGAACUAUUCAAGCAAGUUGCAAACCCCAAAGGUUCAUGGCUCAGAAAUGUACAGGAGAAGUUGCAAAAGAUAAUGGGCUUUGCUUUACCACUAUUUCAUGCUAGAGGAGUAUUUCAAUACAGUUUUGGUUUAAUUCCUUACAGACAACCUAUUCAUACUGUUGUGGGAAGCCCCAUUCCUGUAAAACGGAACUUGAACCCCACCACAGAAGAGAUUGAACAGCUACAUGCAUUGUAUCUACAAAAACUAAGAAAAUUAUUUGAAGAACACAAAAGAAAUUAUGGGAUCCCUGAACAUAAAUCUCUCAUCUUUGAGUAGCAAAUUACAAUUUGUAAUUCCAAAUCUCAUGGAAAAAAAUGUAUGCUGAAAGAUGUCUUUCUUGCAAUCUGUAUUUUGCAAUCUGUAAUUAUCCUUGGGUAAGGAAUAAUUUUAAGAAGGGAUUAUUAGAUGAUUUAUUGACUUUUAUCUUACUCUUGGGGAAGAAAGAAAGAAAAAAAUCGUUAGGGUGUAAGCCUCGAAGCCAGUGCUGUUCUGAGUUGUCCUUUUAGGUUCAUCCAUACCAGAAAUACUGGUGAGGGACUCCACACAGAUGUUCCUACAACCAUGGUACCUAAUUAUAGCAUCAGCAGAGGAAGUUGCCCCAGAAUGAGAUCACUAGGAAGGAAAAGUAUAAACCCGAGAAGUCUUUGAUUAAAAGUUGAGAGAUUUACCAGCAUGUAUCAAACAUGACAUCAGGUUGUUCUCUGAAUACUAGAAAACCCUGCUGCUCUUCCAUAGAAAUGAAGGUGUAUGUUUGCAAUGGAUGGCUAUUAUAAGCCAUUUAUACAUGAAUCCAAGAAUAAAUAGGAGCAUUCUGCCCUGAAUAAGGCAAAAGUGGUUUGUCCAAGUUACGGAGCAGAGCAAACCAAACCCUCUGUUUGGAGGAGAGAACUGUAUUGAGUUUUGUGUGUGCAUGUGUAUGCUGGGUAGUGGGAAGCACUGAAUGAUGUGACUUUUUUGGACAAGCUGUGCUUUGGAUCGCCAGACUGGAAGAUGAAGCAGUUUUGUUUGGUAGUUCCAGCCUCAUAGGAGCUGUCAGGCACAGGACGGGAGACGUGUACUGAGGAAGCUAGUGUGGGAAUCAUGUGAACUUUACAUCUUGUGCAAAUUAAAAAUGAUCGUGUGCCAAGCACUUCCACAGAAGCAAGGGGAACCCGGUUUGUUCAGUCUAGUUCUGAAACAUCACCAGAGAGAGCAUACUUGGUCUUUUUCUUUCCCACUGAUAGAUGUGGGCAAGUAUGUAGAAGGCUCUGCCGUAGUGUGAUGCAGUUGCAAUUGCCAAGGCAGUGUGAGCAGAGGUCUAGGGUGCAGCAGGUUAAGAGGAUGCUUUGUAUACAAACUAGGUGCCUAAAUCUGAGAGGCUUAUCCUAAAUGUGGAUAUCCAUUUAAGAAAAGAAAAAAAAUCUUAGCCAAACUCUUUUUCAGUUAAAAUGUCUAGAUCUUGGAGAUAAUGCUGUGUGAAGAGAAUUAUAGUGUAUUAUAGAAUUUCUUACGAGAUAAAUCCUUGUAUUUGUAAAUGCUUUCUAUCUGCACGUGGGCUUUGCAGAUCUGUUUUUAUCAAAGUGUUUGGUUUGUUUUAAGCAGUUUUGGUGCCUGAAUAUUAGGUGCUCUGAUAGGACAUGCACAGGCCUGUCAGGCAGCCUGGUGCUCCUGCAGCUGGGCCAGUUCAGCACUGGGGUGCUCCAGGAAUAGCAGCAUUGGCUCCACAAAGGCACUGGACACAUUGUGUGCUGGGUGGGCUGGAAUCUCCUUUAGAAGAAACACAGUUCGAACUUGGGGAAAAAGUUAAAAGUCUGGAAGGAAAUAAAGAAUCUUAGCAAGAUGAAGGUCUUUAAAGAAAAGAGUGGAAAUGUUUCGACUCCCAUGAAGCGGACUUCUAAUGAACCAGAGCCCCAAAGCCAAGUAAGUGUAUGCCAGAUAGAGUGGAUGUAUGUUGAUUUGAUGUGCUCCAAAAAAAACCUCUAGCAACAGGUUGGGGUUUUUUAGGAGACCUGUGCCUUCUAGUGCCCAGCUGUCAUUCAGAGGUGACCAGCUCUGAGCCAGUGAAUCCUGCUUUCGCUUUCUCUAGGAUGACAGAUGUCUUUCUGGGAGCCAGGGCUGGAAUUUGUCAUGCCUGAAGAAGUAGUCUGUCUUCCCUGACAGACUGCAGUCAGUGUGUCCACAAUUCACCUCUACUCUACUUGAGCUUUCUUGCUGACACGUGUGCUUGCCCUCCCUUCCCAUGCUUUUGCUUCCUGAUAAUCACUGUGGUGUAGACAUCUUACUUCCUCACUCUCUGUCCAUCUUCCCUGUGUUAACAUCUCUGAAGGACUAUGUAUGCAUACCAAAUAUUGAGUGGUGUCUUUUCAUUCAGCAGAUACAGGUUAUAGGAGCAGGGCCUGAGAAGGGGAAGCACUGUGACUGCAUGUUUAACAUGAGCCUCAGAUCAGGAUUGCUUCAGCUCUUGGAGGGCCAUGUGUCUAGGGAGGUCAAACACAGCAGGUUUGAUACCUGGGAAGAGGUCUCUAGCGUUCCAGAGACUGUAGUAAGUGAUGAGCCCUGAGUAGUUGUUUUUGCUUAACCAGCUGUGUGAAAUUUCUUUUGGAUUUGUUUUUUUGCUGCCUGCCCUGAUGAGUAGUGCUGAUUAUUCAUGGAAAAAGAAUUUGGAGUUUGUGUCAGACUGUUCUCUCCUAGAUCAUCUGCUCUAAUGAGAUAUUUCCUCUCAUUCUCAGCCUGCUCUUUUCCCAUUACCUUAAUGAUAUAGAAGCUCAGGAUGUAAACUCAAAAGCAUUAGUGUUGGGUUGAGGAUGGGAAGUAACAGUGGAUCGUUGUUGAUCAAAUGAGCCAAAACUUUUAGGGAAUAUGUGGAUGCUGAUUUUGGGGCAAUAUCUGGUCCAGGGGGUACCCUACAAACAGGCUUAUCUCUGAAUUACAUGAGAAAAUGAUUUGUGGGCUCUGAAUACCAUCCAUAACUGGCACAGUUGGAACAAGGAGGGAUUGUGUUACUCUGACUACUGAAAUUUUCAUUGCUUUGUAACACAAGAAGAUGGAGAAAAAAAAGAAAAGCAGAAUCUCCAAGCUGCUUAAAUAUAUAUUGUUGCUCGAUAACUACUACGUAUUGCUUAUGAUGGUCCUUCCAAACUACCUUUUAUUAACAAAUUGCCUAGUGUAUCUAGGACUACAGAAUAUCAGUCUCUAAACCUGAUAGGCAUGGUGUCAUCUAAAAUAUUUACCUCUGUGUUAGUAUGUGGAUUUGUAAAACAGCCCUGCAAUACUGAGCUUAAAGGCCAGAGCCCUGGCAGCUGCAGAGCAGACCCGCUGUGGCUGGUGCAGGCGGCAGUCCUACCGUUGCUGCAGCCACGAGGAGCCUUCCCAUGUUUGUCAGAGUGAGCAUCAACGCAGCCUUCAGCUGCAGUUGGUGCUUGACAAAGCAAGAGCAAGCAGCUAGUAGGAACGGUGACACCCCCCUCCCCCAGCUGUGAUUAGAAGAAUGGGGUAGUGCUCAGAUUUCUGGUGGGAUGUCCACGCUUACCGGGGCCUGCUUUGUGGUGUGUUUCUCUUUGUGCCUUUUAAUGACACAGGUAGUCCCAAGGAAGCGAGUCAUCGAUCAACAAGAUAGAUGCUCUGCCUCUAUACCGUGUGAGCACUGCCUCGGCAAUGUGCUCACGGUGACAGUGCCUGCCUGUUCCCUUGGGAGGAAACAUCUCUGCCAGAUUUUGUUGACAGAAAGUCAAUCCUCAAGAAUUUUUACUUUGUGAACUACAAAGCAUAUUUUACACUUCUUAGCUUUUUAUGGUACCUGUAAAAUAUGAAUGUCAGUUGUUUCAAUGAUAGCUGUGGCAAGGAGGUGUGAGGUAAUAAAGGUUUGUACCAAA